AUGUACAUCACCCUCUACUACCUAGUCACACGGCUCCCUGACUCCCUUCGCUCGCGCCUCCUGGCAGCUGAGAAGUGUAUAGUCGCCGUAGGAGCCUCUCGUGGUGACCCGCGUUCCCCCUUCUUUGAGGGGAGCUCCCUAUCCCCGCUUUUGCCCUCUGUUGCCUCUACUGCUGCCGUCGACUUCGUUGGCACCGAGUCGGUCGGCGCUGCGUCUGCCCCUAGCAGGAGACGCCGCAUCGGCAAGGGCAAGGGGGGCAAGGGCGCUGGAGGAGCUGGCGGGGUGGUGGAGGUGGCGGUGGAGGAGGCGAAGGGAGUGGGGGUGGCGGUGGGAGUGGUGGCGGGGGUGGGGGCUUCGGUGGCGGCGGUGGAGGCGGAGGCGGCGGUGGCGGUGGGAGCGGAGGAGGAGGUAGUGGCGGCAGUGGCGGAGGUAGCGACGGCGGCGGUGGAGCUGGUCGCGGAGGCUCUGGGCAGCGGGGCGGCUUUGGUGGUGGUCACCGCCAGCACCAGCAGCGCACUCGUGAGACCCCGCCCCCCCAGCAGCUUCGUGAGUGGUACGUUGCGCGUCAGCGGGGUGGGGUUGCUGGUCCUUGUGCCUACGUCCUGCGUACCGGCGACCGCACUGGUGAGCCGUGCGGUGGCCCGCACGCCACCCCGCGCUGCUUUGGCCGCCUGA